AUGCAUCACUUCACGGCACUCCUCAGUUCAGUAGCACUGCUUGUCGGUGCUACUGCUUCUCCAUUGGACUUCAAGCAUGGCGCCAAGGCUGUUUACUUUCAAAGCAACAAGUCGCCAAAUGCAAUAGCCGCUGUUAAGGUUCACCCAAGUGGCAAGCUUGGCAAUUACAGUUUCUAUGCUACUGGAGGCCAUGGUGGUGCUGAAAUAGGUUCUACUGGGCCAGACGCUCCGGACCCGCUAGGAAGUCAGCACAGUGUAGUUGUCUACGAAGAUUUCUUGUUUACUACCAACGCCGGCUCGAACGAUAUUUCCCUCUUUUCCAUUCCGUGUAACGAUCCAACUUCCCUAAGCCUGGUAGGAACAUACCCUGUGAAUGGCGGCUUUCCCAACACUAUUGCUGUUAAGAGAGAUACCGUCUGUGUGGGAUACGCUGGCUCCCCCGCAGGUAUCAGUUGCGCCAAAUGGGACUCGCAUGGAGUUGGCAAGUUUGAUACGGUCCGAGAAUUUGACUUGCAUCAAUCAAACCCCCCAAACGCAUCCCUAAUUCUCGUUAGUGAUGCUGUGUUCGCAAGAGACGAUUCAUUGCUAGUUGUUACCGCACGUGGCUCAUCGCAAACACCAGGAUUUGUUGCUACAUACGAAGUUGGUUGGGAGGGAGAAGUUUCGGAUAAGGCAGGAAUCGCUGUUCCUGCUGGCUUGAACUCAUCCUUUGGCAUUGUGCCAAUCCCAGAGACUACCCUAGCUUUCGUUGCAGAGCCCGAGCUCGGUGGUUAUAUCCUUGAUGUCAAUAAUCCCGAACGGCCCGUCGCCAAAAUCGCGGUUCCAGGGCAGAAGGCGAUUUGUUGGUCGGCGGUCACCCACAGAUAUCCAACUGGACUUUUCCCGGACGCCGGCACCAACACCAUUACCCAAGUUGAACUUCCAUCUGGAAGAAUCGCUCAACAAUGGAACUCCACUAAUGGCAAUAAAGGACAGUUAGAUUUCAGUGUCGAUGCUACCGACAAAUUCUUUGCCUUAGCAUUUAGUCCGAAGGAUAGUAUAGCGAGAGUGGCUUCCAUAGAUGUGUCUGGAAGACAUUUUAGGGACAUUGAUAACAUAGUUAUCGCUGGGGCUGAUACAUCUGCUCAAGGAUUUGCUAUCUAUCCUUGA